GAAAUACACUCUCACUCACACUGCAGUUCGUAUCGGCGUUCACUUGAUCCGGUCGAUCUCCGAUCUCUUCAACGAGUCCCAUUUCCACAAGAAAACUCCCCAAUCUCCUUCUGCAACUAUAACCCUUAGAUACCCACAACGUUUGGGAUAGGAAUAUCUUAGCCCACCUAACUUUGAUUAUUCGGUUCCGGCUGCUAUGAGAGGUGGUGAUAGUACCAAAAGAAUCUACUCUAGAAAAUCCCAGUCGACCUUGGGAGCAGUACCGGCCUCUGAGCUGAUGAAUAUUGAGAUUGAUGAUCUCCCCGAUGUUGUGUUGGUUGAAAUUCUUUGUCGGCUUCCAUGCUAUAAGUUUGUUUCAAAAUGCAAGUGCGUGUCCGAGCGUUGGUGCAAUGUCAUGUCCGGUCCUUAUUUUCUUGCCCGCUUUCUAUGUCUCCAGAGUGAUCGUGAGCAAACACCAAUAGUUCGUACUCUGAUAACCAACAGAGGGGAGGAGUUCCUUACUAGAAUGUCAUCGUCCACCAAGCCGCUAGCUCUGUUGUUUGAAAGACUCAUGAGUUCUCACCAUUUGGAACAAGAGCCGCUAGUGGUAGCUACGUAUAAUGACUUAGUUUUGUGCUGUUCAACUGGGGUCUAUUAUCAACGUGAUUACUACAUCUGCAAUCCGUGCACAAUUCAGUGGGUUCCUGUUCCUCCCCCUCCUCGAGUUUACCGGUAUACACCAGUGGGAUUCAUAUGUGAUCUUCCCUACUAUAGCUGUACGAAAGAUGAUCAGGGAGGAAGUUUCAUUCAGGUUAAUGCGGAGUAUAGGUGCAGGAUAGUGAGAUUAAUUCUUCGUAAGAGAUCUGUCUGUAAACUCAAAGUGCAAAUCUUCUCCUCUGAUACUGGUGAAUGGAUAACGUCAACUAUAUCAAUUCCAUCAGGUUUUAUUUCUGACACCGUCCCUCUAGAGAGGAGCUUCUCUUACAAUGGCAUGCUGUAUUUUGUGGGUGAUGAACCUGGUGAUCAGAAUUUUCUUAUGGGGUUGGAUCCAUUCAUGAUCAACAAUAGUAAUAGUGCUCUUAGUUUAUCUAGUACUAGCCGUAAUAGUACUAAUGGUGACAAUAUCAUUGAUCACUAUAAAUGUCGUUUUAUUCGAUUUGAUGAUCCAGACUCUUUUCUACUUCGGUAUCUUGGUGAAUACAGAGGGUGUCUGCACAUGUGCGACUAUCAUGAUCAUACCUCUACUUUUUUUGUUCGGGAGUUGAAAGAAGAAGAAAUGCAUGGAGGAGCUGGCAAAUUAUGUUUGGAAGGCAUGAUGAAGGAUUAUUCACUGGACAUAAAAAUGGUUCCGGGUUAUGAUAUUGUUGAUUUACGAUUUUUAGACCCCAAUAACGAGGAUAUUUUAUAUAUGUACAUAGCCAAUGACAUUGUCAGGUACAACAUUCGAACCAGAGAUCGGUUAAAGCUGGUUGAAAACAUUUCCUAUGGGAAUUCUUUUCUCUUUCCAAUUGUGCUCCCUUGGUGGCCAACACCAGUUCCUAGACUACCGCCACACGCCCAACCUGCGGGAAUAAAUCUCUGAUCUCUGUAUGGAACUUGACAUUGUAGUGUGGAAUAUGGGUUAAAAAGGAGGUUGGAUGAAGGCAAUGGGGUGAGAGUUGUGUAGUUCCAUGAGGAGGAUGUUGAAUCUGCUCGCUGCUGUGAGAAAGCUGAUGACACAGAAAGGUGGUUAGCUUUUGUGUUUUGGUACCGUUACUACUUACUAGUCAGGUUGAUGCUAUGUUGGCACAGUUUGAUUUGUUUUGUUUGAAAUUUGAAAUCGGUACAUUCAGUUUCUAGCUAGCUACUGGUACAUUUGCUUUGUUCGAAUUAAGUACUGUAUGCUAAUUAUCAA